GGACUGGAGCAGCGGCGGCAGCAGAGAGGAGGGCAGCCCGCCGGAGACACACCGAGCACCGCGGGACUCCGCUCACUUCCAGCGGUUCACACGGGAUUUAACAGCGGCUUCCGGGCGGAUAUUUCGCUGCCGGGAGGUCAAGGAGGCUCCCCGCUCCUCCCGGACGCCGGUUGGGUGGAAGUUUAAACGGCUUUAGCUAACCUGGGAGAGCGGAACAAUGAGGCAGAGCCAGCCGGGCUGCCGGACCGCCGCCGGCUGCUGCCGCCGCAGCUAACGGCUAGCUAGGAGCCACCGGGUGGUCACAGCCUCCAAACUCUCCCAUGACCGACAUUACAGCGACUUUUACCGGCUUCCCUCAUCGUGUGGACGCGUAAAGUCUCGGUUCCCGGCUGAACAGACACUUCUGGAGGGUUUCUUUUACGGAGAACAAGUUUUUUUCCUUUCGGAUAUGGAGACGGACUCGUUGGCAGGCGACGUGGAGUCUCUGCACGUUGGACUGAGCCUCCUGGAUCCGCUGGUGGACCGGAUCCUGGUGGACACGGUGUCCCAGCAGCAGGGCUGGCUCCGGGUUUACGAUGUCAAAGGUCCUCCGGCUCACCGGUUCUCCUGCGGUCAGAGUCCGUACACCGACAGCAGCGCCUGGGAGAGGAAGUUCUGCAUCCUGACCGACAGCCAGCUGAUCCUCCUGAACAAAGACGACGAGGCUGCAGGUGAGGUCCAGGAGAGCCCCACUAACUCCCAGAAAGGCCGGAGCCUCCGUCGGACCGUCAGCGUCCCGUCAGAGGGUCAGUUCCCAGAGUUCCAGGCAGAGGGCGCCGCCGUGCUGGAAGUGUCUUCGGAGCGAUCUCCGAGGAGGAGGAGUAUUUCUGGUUUGGGGAGUUCAGAGAAAAGCAUCGCAGUCGACAAUCCGAACUCGUCUCCUUUCAAAGUGCCGGGGUUCUUCAGUAAACGUCUCAAAGGCUCCAUCAAGAGGACAAAGAGUCAGACCAAACUGGACAGAAACACCAGCUUCAGACUGCCGUCGCUCCGACCUGCUGACGCCGACAGAUCUCGAGGGCUUCCCAAGCUGAAGGAGUCGAGCUCCCAUGAGUCUUUGCUGAGUCCGGGCAGCGCGGUGGAGGCUCUGGACCUGAGCAUGGAGGAGGACGUCUUCGUCAAACCUCUGCACAGCAGCAUCCUGGGGCAGGAGUUCUGCUUCGAGGUGACGUAUUCGGGCGGCAGCAAGUGUUUCAGCUGCACUUCGGCCUCAGAAAGAGACAAAUGGAUGGAAAACCUGAGGAGGACGAUUCAGCCCAACAAGGAUAACUGUCGGCGGGCCGAGAACCUGCUGCGACUGUGGAUCAUCGAAGCCAAAGACCUGCCGCCCAAGAAGAAGUACUUCUGCGAGCUGUGUCUGGACGACAUCCUGUACGCCCGAACCACCAGCAAGACCCGCCACGACAGCCUGUUCUGGGGCGAGUACUUCGACUUCUCCAGCCUGCCCGCCGUGCACAGCAUCACCGUGCACAUCUACCGCGACGUGGACAAGAAGAAGAAGAAGGACAAGAACAACUACGUGGGCCUGGUCAACAUCCCGGUGUCGGGCGUGACGGGCCGGCAGUUUGUGGAGAAGUGGUACCCGGUCAGCACGCCCACCACCAGCAAGGCCAAGGGGGGCGGACCGUCGAUCCGGAUCAAGUCGCGCUUCCAGACCAUCGCCAUCCUGCCCAUGGAGCAGUACAAGGAGUUCGCCGAGUUCGUCACCAACAACUACACCAUGCUGUGCUCGGUGCUGGAGCCCGUCAUCAGCGUCAAGAACAAGGAGGAGAUGGCCUGUGCCCUGGUCCACAUCCUGCAGAGCACCGGCAGGGCCAAGGACUUCCUGACAGACCUGGUGAUGUCGGAGGUGGAUCGAUGUGCCGACCACGACGUCCUGAUCUUCAGGGAGAACACGUUGGCCACCAAAGCUAUCGAGGAAUAUCUGAAGCUGGUGGGACAGAAAUACCUGCAUGACGCACUCGGCGAGUUCAUCAAAGCUCUGUACGAGUCGGAUGAGAACUGCGAGGUCGAUCCGAGUCGAUGCUCCAGCAGCGAUCUGGCCGAACACCAGAGUAACCUGAAGAUGUGCUGCGAGCUGGCAUUCUGCAAGAUCAUCAACUCCUACUGCGUGUUUCCUCGUGAGCUGAAGGAGGUUUUCGCGUCGUGGAAGCAGCAGUGCGUCGCUCGCGGCCACCAGCAGGACAUCAGCAAACGUCUGAUCAGCGCCUCCCUGUUCCUGCGCUUCCUCUGCCCGGCCAUCAUGUCGCCGUCGCUCUUCUACCUGAUGCAGGAAUAUCCGGACGACCGAACGUCUCGGACGCUGACGCUUAUCGCCAAAGUCAUCCAGAACCUCGCCAACUUCACCAAGUUUGGCAACAAGGAGGAGUAUAUGGCCUUCAUGAACGACUUCCUGGAGCAUGAGUGGGCGGGGAUGAUGCGUUUCCUGUCGGAGAUCUCCAAUGCGGAGACGCUGUCCAACACGCCGGGCUUCGAGGGCUACAUCGACCUCGGCAGGGAGCUGUCGGUGCUCCACGCUCUGCUGUGGGAGGUCGUCUCCCAGCUGGACAAGGGUGAAAAUUCCUUCCUGCAGGCCACCGUAGCCAAGCUGGGCCCGCUGCCGAGGAUCCUGGGAGAUAUUUCCCGCUGCCUGGCCGCUCCCACGCCGGUCCAGCAGCAGCUCCGCCGCUUCCAGGACCACAGCUCCGCCCACAACAUCAGCGGCAGCCUGUCGUCAGGGUUACAGAGGAUCUUCGAGGACCCCGCCGACAGCCGCUGUGAGGUUCGUAGUCUUCAGUCUCCAGUGGAGCUGAUGGAGGGCUGCGUUCGAGGUCAGCGCCCCCUGCUGACCCAGCAGCUUCCCUCCACCAGGACCAGUUUCUCGGACCAGGAGGACCGAGACGUCCUGCUGCCCAACGGUCGCAGCAUCUCCCUGGUCGACCUGCAGGACGCCCAGAACCUCCACGGACCCGUCAGGCCGCCACCGCACCACGAGGCUCCGCCCCGCCUCAGCAGGGUGGGUUCCCAGGCCUCCAUCGGUCAGGCCCCGCCCCCCGCCGCCUACCCCCACUCCAACCCGCUGACCCCUCAGCCGGCGCCCCAUCAGGCCAAAGCUCCGCCCAGAGACAGCCAGCCGCAGAGCGCCCCCCAGGUGAGGCGUCCGCUGCAUCCCUCGGUCGGCCAGCAGCGCAGCCUGCAGCCACUGUCCUUCCAGAACCCCGUCUACCACCUCAGUAACCCCGCCCACAGCCUGUCCACCAGCUCCGCCCACUCGCUGCGGCAGGACUCCAGCUCAGAGAACCUCAGCACCGAGAGUUCGCACAAUAGCCACAGCAACUCCGAUGACUUCGGCAGCCAGGUGGGGGUAAAAGGUCGAGCGCCGUCCACCAGCAGCCUGGACGAGUCGGGCAGCCGGCGGAGCGAGGACUGUUCCACGCCGCGACGCCAUGCGCUGCUGGAGCUGCCACCCGGCGCCGCCACGGCAGUCGCCAUCCCCCGUCAGAGCACGACGGCGGGCACCGCCCACAUAGUCAAGGUGGAGCAGCAGAGCCGAGGGGGCGGAGCCAGAACGCCCAGAUCCCUCCCCCACAGCGCCUCGCUACGGAGCAGCAGCAGCGCCAACACCGAGCCGACGCCCACUGUCGCCCUCGGCAACCGGCAGCCGGAGAACGUGGCUCCACUCCCGAGGAGCGUCGCCAAGCAGCCGACGCCGCAGGUGGCGUCUCCAGUAGAGGCGGUGGCGAUGUCACCUGUGGAGAGAACGGCAGCCUGGGUCCUGAACAAUGGCCAGUACGAGGAGAAGGAGGAGGAGGGAGGAGAGAGGAGCAGAGAGGAGGGCAGGAACACGGAGAAGUACGAGAUGGAGAUCUCUCGGCUGAAGGAACGUCUCCGGGUUUCCGGCCGGCGGCUGGAGGAAUACGAACGGCGGCUGCUGGCUCAGGAGCAGCAGAUGCAGAAGCUGCUGCUGGAGUACAAGAACCGACUGGAGGACAGCGAGGAGCGACUGAGGAGGCAGCAGGAGGAGAAGGACAACCAGAUGAAGAGCAUCAUCUGCAGGCUGAUGGCCGUGGAGGAGGAGCUGAAGAGGGACCACGCCGAGAUGCAGGCGGUGAUCGAAGCCAAGCAGAAGAUCAUCGACGCUCAGGUCAGUAACGGAUGUGAGAUAAACCAAUCAGGAGAAGCGGAUCGGCUCGCUGGACGCGGCGAACUCUCGGCUGAUGGCGGCGCUGACGCAGGUGAAGGAGCGAUACAACGCACCCAGCCUCCGCAACGGCCUGUCGCCAAGCAACCCCACCAAACUGUCCAUCACUGAGAACGGAGAGUUCAAGAACAGCAGCUGCUGAUUGGUCCGUGGGGCUGUGAGGGGGCGGGGCCUAAAGAAUAAGACUCUGCCCCCCAUGUGAGGACCAGUGGACGAUAAAGUUUUAGAGAAUCUAUAAACGCGAGUGUAAAUACUGAAGUUUGACCCGUUCAGUGUACAGAGAGAGAGAGUGUGUGUUAGCGUGUGUGUGUGUGUGUUAGCGUGUGUGUUAGCGUGUGCGCAGCGUCACAGAAGCACAGUGAGGAAGAAACAAACCAAAAACAGGAACUAAAAACAUUUUCUAACCGACUUUUUUAUUGAUUUUAAUUUGAAGCUUCUGGUUUCUGUUGUCGAUUCCGAAGCUCUUUUUUUUCUUUGAUUCUCUUGUUUCAGAGUGGAUUCCUUUUUGUUUUUUAUUACCUGACCAGUUGUUGUUUUGGGUUUUAAUUUAUUCCUCCUCGUCUCGUUGCUGAUCUACUGAACAGACUCCUGGAGGAUCGGGGUCGAUGCUCACCUGUCUGCUGUCCCAUGUUGAGAAUAAAAAGCUGCCUGAAAGCCCCA